AUGGCGCCCAGGCCAUCGUCAGGGGAACUGUGGGGGCUCCAUCUGAUGCCCCCCCGCAUCCAGGUGGACUGCUGCCUGCCCAAUGGGAUGAUGGUGAGUCUCGAGUGUCUCAGAGAAACUCCUCUCAUCAGCAUCAAGCAGCAGCUCUUCACUGAGGCCAGGAAAUAUCCACUGUACCACUUACUGCAGGAGGAGUCUUGUUACAUUUUUGUGGGUGUGACCCAGGAGGCAGAGAGGGAGGAGUUUUACGACGAAACGAGGCGGCUCUGUGACCUCCGACUGUUUCACCCGAUCCUGAAGGUCAUCGAGCCGCUGGGGAACCGGGAGGAAAAGAUCUUGAACCGAGAGAUAGGGUUUGCCAUUGGGAUGCCGGUGUGCGAGUUCGAGAUGAUGAAGGACCCGGAGAUUCAGGACUUCCGGCGCUCCAUACUGAGCGUGUGCCGAGAGGCCAUGGAGGAGCGGGAGGGGGGCGGGGCCCACAGCCAGGCCCUCUAUGUUUAUCCUCCCAACGUGGAGUCCAGCCCACAGCUCCCACAGCACAUUUACAGCAAACUGGACAAAGGGAGGCUGAUUGUUACCAUAUGGGUGAUUGUGUCUCCUUCCAACUCCAAACAGAAAUACACCCUGAAGGUGAGUCACGACAGUUUACCUGAGCAGCUGAUCGCUGAGUCCAUCAGGAAGAAAAGUCGCUCUAUGCAUCUUUCACCUCAACAGCUCCGCCUCUGUGUCCAGGAAUACCAGGGCCAGUACAUCCUGAAGGUGUGUGGCUGUGAUGAGUACCUGUUGGAGACGUUUCCUCUCAGUCAAUAUAAGUAUAUCCGGUCCUGUAUCACGGUGGGCCGUCUCCCUCACCUGAUGCUCGUCUCUAAAGACAGCCUCUACUCUCAGUUACCUGCGUCCGGCUUCGUCACACCUUCCUACAGUCGUCGGACUCCUCAGCCGUCUCCCUGUCCAGGGGGGGGCGAUGGUUCUCCUCCUCGCUCCCUGUGGGCCUUCAACACUCUGCUGAGGGUCCGGCUGCUCUGCGCCACCUACGUCAACGUCAACAUCCGCGACAUCGACAAGAUCUAUGUCAGGACGGGUAUAUAUCACGGGGGGGAACCGCUCUGUGCCAACGUCAACACACAGAGAGUUCCGUGCUCCAACCCCAGGUGGAAUGAGUGGCUGACCUACGACAUCUACCUGGCUGACCUACCACGCUGUGCCCGACUCUGCCUGUCGAUCUGCUCUGUGAAGGGAAGGAAAGGAGCUAAGGAGGAGCACUGUCCUCUGGCCUGGGGGAACGUGAACCUGUUUGACUAUAAGGAUGUUCUGGUUUCGGGGAAAGUGGCUCUGAGUCUCUGGCCUGUUCCUCACGGCCUCGAGGAUCUACUCAAUCCCAUCGGAGUUGCUGGUUCAAAUCCCAACAAAGAGACGCCCUGUGUUGAACUCGAGUUCUCUUGGUUCAACCAGACGGUCGUUUUUCCUGAUGAGCAGCAGAUCGAAGAACACGCCAACUGGACCAUCAGCCGAGAGUUGGGCUAUAACUACUGCCACGGACUGAGCAGCCGUCUGGCCUGUGACAGCACUGUCUCCUCAGGCGAAGCUGAGCAGCUCCGCUGUCUUUGUUCCAAAGAUCCUCUGUAUGAGCUCUCAGAGCAGGAGAAGGACUUCCUCUGGAGACACAGACAUUACUGUGUAAAAAUCCCAGAGUCUCUUCCGAAGCUUCUUCUGUCCGUCAAGUGGAACUCCAGAGACGAAGUGUCCCAGAUGUACUGUCUGUUGAAGGAGUGGCCCCUGAUGGAGCCGGAGUCCGCUCUGGAGUUGUUGGACUGUAACUUUCCUGACCCGAUGAUCAGAGAGUUUGCUCUGCGCUGUCUGGUGAAAGGCCUGACGGACGACAAGCUGUCUCAGUACCUGCUGCAGCUGGUUCAGGUGUUGAAGUACGAGAUGUACCUGGACAAUCCUCUUGCACGUUUCCUGAUCAAGAAAGCUCUGACCAAUCAGAGAAUUGGUCACUUUUUCUUCUGGCAUCUCAAGUCAGAGAUGCACAAUAAGACGGUGUCUCGUCGUUUCGGUCUGCUGCUGGAAGCUUUCUGCAGAGCCUGUGGGAUGUACCUGAAACAUCUGAACAGACAGGUGGAGGCCAUGGACAAGCUGGUGAACCUGACCGAUACAUUGAAACAAGAAAAGAAGGACGAGACACAGAAAACCCAGAUGAAGUUCCUGGUCGAACACAUGUCUCGACCUGAUUACAUGGAGGCUCUGCAGGGAUUUGUGUCUCCUCUGAACCCUGUUCACCAGUUGGGAAACCUCAGGCUGGAGGAGUGUCGGAUCAUGUCCUCAGCAAAGCGCCCCCUGUGGUUGAACUGGGAGAACCCUGAUAUCAUGUCCGAGCUGCUUUUCACAAACAACGAAAUCAUCUUUAAGAACGGAGACGACCUGCGUCAGGACAUGUUGACUCUGCAGAUCAUUAAGAUCAUGGAGAACAUCUGGCAGAACCAGGGCCUGGACCUGCGCAUGCUGCCGUACGGGUGCCUGUCCAUUGGAGACUGUGUCGGUCUGAUCGAGGUGGUGAAGAACAGUUUCACCAUCAUGCAGAUCCAGUGUAAAGGAGGCCUGAAGGGGGCGCUGCAGUUCAACUCCAACACGCUGCACCACUGGAUCAAAGACAAGAACCGAGGAGAGGCGUAUGACCGAGCCAUCGACCUCUUCACCAGGUCGUGUGCAGGCUACUGUGUCGCCACGUUCAUCCUGGGAAUCGGAGACAGACACAACUCCAACAUCAUGGUGAAGGAGAACGGACAGCUGUUCCACAUUGACUUCGGUCACUUCCUGGAUCAUAAGAAGAAGAAGUUUGGGUAUAAGCGGGAGCGUGUCCCCUUCGUCCUGACGCAGGACUUCCUCAUCGUCAUCAGUAAAGGAAUCCAGGAGUCGACAAAGACCAAGGAGUUCGACAGGUUCCAGGAAAUGUGUUACAAAGCUUAUCUCGCCAUCCGUCAGCACGCCAGCCUCUUCAUCAACCUCUUCUCCCUCCUCCUCGGCUGCGGGAUGCCUGAACUGCAGAGCUUCGACGACAUCGCCUACCUGAGGAAGACCCUCGCUCUGGAGAAGAGCCAGCAGGAGGCGCUGGAGUAUUUCACCAAGCAGAUGAACGAUGCUCACCAUGGAGGCUGGAGCACGAAGAUGGAUUGGAUCUUUCACACCAUCAGACACAUGCCCAACGAACACUGAGUGUGUGUAGAUAUAUAAUGUUAAUUUAUAUACAACAUACACUCAGCCUGUGUUUACUGCACUUU